AACAACGUUACGGUACCGGCGCGGUGCAUUGUGGGACACAGAGUAAGAUGGAAGCGUCCACUAAGAGCAUGUUGACGCUUCAAUAACAAAUGUUUUAAGUGUAAUAUCCCCACAUACGGCUGUCAUUUAUGCUUUUCUGGAACAAUAACGACAGAUUUAAGAGGCAGGAGAUUGCCACAGGACAUUGGAACUGAAAACAUGUCUGUUCUGGCAGGGUUACUGAAGGCUGGAGCGUCCUUCUGUCAGACUGCCAGGGCCUUCUCUACAGGCGCAUGCUGUCAGAUCAGGAUGCAUGCCAUCCCCGAGCUGAAGAAGGUGGACCGGUGGACGGAGAAGAGGAGCAUGUUCGGAGUCUACGAUAAUAUAGGAAUCUUAGGAGACUUCAAAGCUCAUCCCAAAGACAUGAUCAUCGGUCCGUCCUGGGUGAAGGGCUUCAGAGGCAACGAGCUGCAGCGGCUCACCAGGAAGAAGAAGAUGGUGGGAGACCGAAUGAUGACUGAGGACAAACUGCACCUGGAGAAGAGGAUCCGCUUUCUCUACAGACGCUACAACCGCACCGGCAAAUACCGUUAAAAACAUCUGAGCAGCCAAUACGAACUGACGGAGAACAGCUGUGGGAUGCCAUGCUGUAAACGUGUUGUGUAUUGCCAUUUUUUGUAUGUUUUCUUCAUGUCAAGAGAAGAUUUGUGUAUUUCAGUUAAUCUAUUAUUUUUUCCUAACUAUCACAAAAAAAUGAUAUAAAAGUCUAAUAAUGGACUGGAAAAGAAGCCUUGUGUGUUUUCCUUCUAAAAAUGUUGUAUAGCGACAGCAGGAAACAAAGUCGCUGAGGCCGGGCCGGUUUGAUAUUGUAUGACACGCUAAAAAAAGAGUACAUGCUGAGAUCAAAACUCUGUUGAAUUGUAAUGUAGUUUAAUGAAAAAUACGCGGUGAUCAGACAUUGUAAUAAUUAUGAUCAAAGCAUUCAUAAAUCUUGCAGUCACUGAGGGUGACACAGUACAACGGCCCUGUGUCACCCUCUCUUCCACACACACACCUCACGCAGGUGAACAGGAUUAUAAUGAGUGCCGCCCAUAUCCAUGUGACCCAAGCCAACCAAUCAAUAGUGAUCAAACAAAUCUUAUAUUAAAAUAAAACACAUUACUAUACAUGU